CCGGCGUCGGGAGGAGGAAGCGUGACCAAUUCAGGUUUCAGUGGCAGGACAGCUUCUCUCUAGCCAGCUCUACUCUCUUAUCACAGGGACAUUUCCUCCAGGUUUGGACCCCAUCUGAUUUGGAGAAUCUUGGAUCCCGUCGGUUCAUUUUCGCGUAAAAAAAAAAAAAAAAAAAAAAAAAAAACUCCGUCCACCCUGUUGUAUGCGUCUCUUCCUCGCCUCUAUCCCGUCUCCGCCCUUAUCCCUUUGGCGUGCACGGAUGCCUUUACAGCGGACUACAUCGCUUAGCAGGCGUUAUCCGUUCCCAGAGGUCUGAUGAAUGUAGAUGUGGAUACUUUGCCAAGGACACCGGGGCUGCGUUACAUGAGCCGAGCGCGGGCGCAAUGACUCGGAGCGCGUCUCCACUUCGGGAAAACACCCCUCGCUUUGGGCUUCUUCUAUAGGCAGCUUGGUUUUUCUGUGUGUCUAUAUGUCUGUGGAUGUGUGUGUGUGGAUGUAAGUGCUGGACUUGGUGCAAAUAAAAGAGAGCCGGUGUUCCUCGAAGCUCAUCUUGGUGUGUUGGACGGAGUCGAAGUUAAGCGCAAGAGCUCAGAAACCAAGAGAAGCGAAAAUAAGGUCAAACUGUAAGUGUCUGAGGUGACAGGAAGAGAAAAAAGAAGGAUAGAUCUGGUUUAAUGAGGGUGGUGUAUGAAUGACUGAGUGCGAGCAGAUGACUGAGGUGCUGAGGGAUCAGGACUACUAGAGUGGAGGCUGUCCCAGCUGUCCUGUGUGGAAGAAAGAGUGACGGGAAAGAGGGAGGACUGAAAGAAAAGGUGCAGCACGGGCCGUCCGCCCCUGCAUCGCACAGGAGUGCAGCCAUGGAGCGAGUACUCUUGUGCCUGUCUCUGUUGGCGCUGCCCAUUGCCGCUAUGCUGUGCCCAAAGCGUUGCACCUGUCAGAAUCUCCUACCCUCCUACACGGUCCUGUGUGCCAAGACAGGCUUGCUGUUUGUGCCACCCAACAUUGACCGGCAGACAGCCGAGCUUCGGCUCAUGGACAACUUCAUCACCACACUCCGGCACCGUGACUUCGCCAACAUGAGUAGCCUCAUCCACCUGACUCUGUCUCGCAACACCAUCAGCCUCAUCCUGCCCUAUGCCUUCGCCGACCUGCAGGAGCUCCAUGCGCUGCACCUUGAUGCCAACCGGCUCACAGCGCUGGACGACACACAUCUGCAAGGCCUGGUCAACCUGCGCCACCUAAUCCUUGCCAAUAACCAGCUGCAACACAUUUCCCACGGAGCCUUCCAAGACUUCCUAGAGACUCUCGAGGAUUUGGAUCUGUCCUAUAACAACCUGGUAAACGUCCCAUGGGACACCAUAGCUCUCCUUGUCAGCGUCAAUACACUUAGCUUGGAUCACAACCUCAUCGAGUUUGUGCCUGAGGGCAUUUUUUCCAACCUGCACAAGCUAGCAAGGCUGGAUAUGACCUCCAAUAAGCUGAAGAAGAUUCCUCCAGACCCACUGUUUCUGCGCAUACCGGUUUAUGCAAAAACGAAGGGCUCGCCACUAACAGCACUGGUGCUGAGCUUCGGCGGAAAUCCAUUGCACUGCAACUGUGAGUUGGUGUGGUUGAGGCGACUGACACGUGAGGACGACCUUGAGACGUGCGCCUCUCCCAAAGAACUAGCUGGGAAGUACUUCUGGACCAUCCGUGAGGAGGAGUUUGUGUGUGAACCACCUAUGAUCACACGCCACACUUCUAAGAUGUUUGUAAUGGAGGGUCAAGAGGUGAGCUUGAGGUGCAGGUCUGUGGGAGAUCCUGAACCUACAACACACUGGGUGAGUCCAGAUGGCAAGCUGAUUGCAAACACGUCUAGAACAACCGCUUAUGAGAAUGGAUCUCUGGACAUCUUUACAGCCACUGUAAAAGAUUCAGGAGUGUUUACCUGUAUAGCAUCCAAUGCGGCUGGAGAGGCCACUGCCCCUGUGGAACUUGUGGUGAACCCCUCCCCACAUUAUGACCCUAAACUUGAACCCGAACCAGGACCCUCAGACAUGCCCACGUCCAUCAAGUCAAACAGCAGUGGGGGGCAGACACGAGUGGAACAGCGCGUCAGUGUGACUGAGAUAACAGCCACAUCAGUCACCAUCCGCUGGCCUUCACAAAGCCAUAUCCCAGGUGUUCGCAUGUACCAGAUCCAGUACAACAGCUCCACAGACGAGUUCCUCAUUUACAGGAUGAUUCCAGCAUCGUACAAGCUGUUUCAGCUGAGUGACCUAGCCUCUGCGCGGGACUACGAUCUCUGUGUCUUGGCUGUUUACGAUGAUGGAGUCACUGCACUCACGGCUACGCGCCUUGUCGGCUGCGUGUCAUUCAGCACUGAGCGUGAGUACCACCACUGCCGCUCGCUCCAUGACCAGUUCCUGGGUGGCACCAUGAUCAUCGUCAUUGGAGGCAUCAUCGUGGCCUCUGUGCUCGUCUUCAUCUUCAUCCUGCUAAUGAAGUACAAGCUGCACAGCCAGCACUACAAGCAAAAGGCAGAGCGCGUCAGCAACGUCUGCUCACAGACCAACGGCGGCCAGCAAGGAGCAGCAUCCAACCCUCCACCACCCCGAUCGUCCUCUUCCUCCGCUUCGGCAAGUAAACCAUCCAUCCUUCUCAGUCAGGAGAGGCCAGAGAGUUAUGGUGCUCAGGAGGGAGGCUAUGGGGCACUCAAAGGCACCACAGUGGUGGACUUAAAUCCAGAAUAUGGAAAGUCAGUCAAAGAAGAAGACUCAGUAUCGCAAUAACACAGGGUCAAAUCCCAUCCCCCCAUCCUCUCCUCCUUCCCAUCUUCUGUUUUUUUUUCUGGUGCUGGGAUAUCUCUGCCUUACUGAGGAUUUCAUGUCCAAGGUAAGAUGUGUUCCCGUGAUCUGUUUGCUAACCAUUAGCGUCAGAGCAACAGAACCUCACAAUGUCUUGGGAUUUUAUUUUCAUUUCUUGGGUAAUAGAUCAAGGAUGGGUCGAAUAUUGGCCUGCCAUCAGUUAUAACCAGCCCUUGAGUUUAAAUAAUCAAUAUACAUUCCUUCCCAUGUUUUUUUUUGGAUCUAUACUUCAUAAGUUUCCUUAUUCUUGCUUCUAGAUUGUGCAUGAAUCAAUUCGAAUUUGUUGUAUAAGUAAAGAUUAUCCUCAGUACUACCAGAGAGAUAACAUUAAAUGCCACAUUCAACAAAGAAUGGACUGCAAAACACUUUCUUUAAGGUUUACAAAGAAUACAAUCUCAGUCAGCAGGCAUGCUAACUAUGCUAGCAAUCUGUCAUGAAAAGAGUGGGCUAAUAAAGCAUCUGAACAAUCUGCUAGAUUACAGUCUCUGAAAAAGUAUUUUUCCACUCUUCUACUAUCCCUGAGGCAAUCCAACACAAAAGCAAGCUACUUGCAUGCAUAUAAAUGACUAAACACAGCAAGAUGAUGUCUGAAGUUAGGUUUUUGAAGAAAUGCAUGAUGGAAACCACAGAUUGUCUUUGAAGAGAGCGAGAGGAAAUUUGUAUUGAUAAGUUUAUCACGUGGAACAGUUACUGGCUUUGUUGAAGUAAUCGAAGAACAGUUGGCUUCUGAGCUGAACAAGACAAUUGGGAUCUUCAAGUGCUGUUAAGUUGUAUUGGCUGAAAGUACUGAUGCUUGAAAAAAAGAGGUGAUCAGCUGCCGAUCUCAUUAAUCAUGAAGCCUUCUGGGCGAGUGUACUUCUCUCUGUGGGAACAUUUAACUGAUAAGUGUGUACUGCAUUUUAAAUUUACAUCAGGCAGCAGCUAUCUGUAACAGCAACAGAUAUGACCUGUUGUACCAUUUCAAAUUUGUAUGUGACCUGAAAAUUUAAAAUGGCAUAGCAGGUUGCUUCUGUUAGAGGGAUUUCCAGCCAUAUUGUAGACUAUAACAUGAGCAGCAUAGCAAAGAAGGAAAGUUUCUCUCUUUUUUUCUUUGCUCUCCAAAUGGGGGCACAUGCUUCAGUAGACACAUGAAUAUUUUCUCUCCUUUGUAAAGGUAAUGAGUCCUCAAUCAAUAUUUGCAACAAUUACUGUUUAUUAAUAAUAACACCAUAAGAAAAAGAAAAGAAGUUUGCUAGGCACCUUCACAUACCGGGAUAUUAUGUCUCUUUGUUAUGAUUAUGCCUGCUGUGGAAUAACAAGCAUAUUCUUCGCAAAGGGUUAGCAAUGCGAGUAAGUAUCUGCAUGAAGCAGGGGGUGUAUUUGAAUAAGCUUUACAUCGCAGCAUUACAGCUCCACAAAGAAAAUGAUGAAAAUCCCUCCAUUUGAGCUGCUGCUGCUGCUGCUGCUGCUGUUGCCUCGGCCCCCGCCUACACGUCUAAGUGCUUGUGGGAAUAAGCAAUCAUGAUAAAAAUCACAAAUCUCUCACAGCACAUAAACGCAUAAAGAGAGCUAGGAAGGCUGGUGAAGAAUAAGUUUCCCACUUGGCUUGCCACUCGUCCUCCUGCUGGCUUCUCUCCUCCUUUCUGGGAAACCAAUUACCAGUGCCCUGACCACCCUAGAGACAUUAGUUUUUAUUUUAGUUGUAGCUCUGGUGCAUUUACGAGACUAUUCUCGUCGACAUCUGCACUGCUUGAGCUUGAAUGGAGCUCUGAGUAUGACUGGAAGGCUGGGUUGCUUUUGCUCUUCUUGGGUUUGAGAAAGGAUAAUGGCUGUUAGCUGAGUCUUUUGACCUUCCACGUUACCGCUUUCUGAGAGAGCCAAGUCCAUUUAGCAUUGGUGCGUAGCCCAGGAAGGCCCUCUCGGGGAAUUGGCUUCCACAGAAGUGCAUCUAUGGAGGGCAAGAAAUGGAUUUAAGACAGUGAAAUAGGUGGUUCAGUUAUGAAAACAUGCCUUAUACUGACAGAAAUUAAUUCUAGCAUGACAGGCAGGUGAAGGAUGUCAGGUUCAGCCAGGGUCAUGAUCUGAGUGAAGGAGAAAUUUCAAAAGCUGUCCCUGGCUGCUGAAAAUCAAUGAACGCCGAUUUUAUUCACGGAGUGAUUUAUUAUGUGAACAGAGUUAAAGAGAGUUUCUUUUGCAUUUCACAGGGUUAUCAGGUUCAGAGGUUUAAAUAUGUGUCCUUUCAGGAAUUUGCUUUGCAGUAUAAGAUUUAAGAAACAUGGCCAUCAUGAAAUAAUACUGCCUUUUUCGUGCAUUUAUGCUGUGUGGGUGUCAUAAGUUAAUAAGUUAACAACUUGAAUGUCUCGAAUGCAGUAGGAAAAAUGGAUGAAUGGAGCACUGUGUUCUCCAGCACACCUGGAAGGGAUUUUCAUUUCUAUCUCAGACUAAAAGAGAGAAGGGAGAGAUAGAGGGCAUUGUGAAAGAGCUGCGAGAGGAGAGGGAAAAAGGCAUGAAGGAAGAGUAUAGAUGAUGCAGUAGAUAAAAGCAUUAUGAUAUGGAGGGGAGAAUGUGAUGAGAAAGGGUGAGGGGGUCAUAAAGGCAGAGCUGAAGGGGUAAAGGCAUCGAGUUGAGGAGAUAUGGAGACAAAUGGGCUAAUCUUUAAGGUGAAGUCCCACUGUGGGUCAGAUGUGGGGGGUAAUUACUAUUGUUUGUGUGCCAUCUAAAGUGGGCCACAAUCUCCUCACUGUCUCCCUACCAACAGCACUUCCCACCCAGAAUCCCUCCUGACUGCAGCAGCGCUAAAUAUAGCCAACUGAAAAGGGUUUAGUGCUGGCCUGCUGCUGCCUGCAGAUAGCUACCGGGAUAAAAACCCUUUCUCUGCUCUUGCAUUGUUAACUCACCACUCUGAAAUGUAUGAAUGGCUUCACCCAUUGUAACUACUGAUUGAUAAUAAGGGUUGAAGCUAAUGAAGGUGGUUUAGGGGAAAGUAAGCAUACCAUUUAUCAUAGGCUUGUUUAAUAGCCAGCUAUUCUUGCUGCAAAAAGUUGUGUGUAACUGAGCUAAAUAUUCUUGCCAGAUUUAGGAGUUUGGGUAAUGCUGAUUAUCAUCCUAUUCAUUUGCAUAUAUUGAUAACUGACAAUCACACAAAACUCCAUAAAAUGACCAAUGAGAGCACCUCCUAGGCAUGGUGUGCACAAAAUUUUCCAGUAAUGCAGCUCAGCCACUGCAGCGUGUCUGCUACAACAGACCUACACUAACUCCUCCUCUUUUUAUACGGCAGCAUUUCUUCGGUCAUAAUUGAAUUACUAGUCUAAUUCUUCUUAGUCUAUCGCAAUGUUCUGAAUUGUAUUCUUUGAAUUCAUUAAUAGGAAACACCUGAGUUUUCAUGAAUUUUUUUGUGUGUAAUUGAAAUAAAUAAGUGACAUAAAGUGAUUUUAGUGAGUCUCCUUAUACAUACAUUUGCACAAACUCUGCUCUUGUAGGACAUGAAUGUUUUUCCAAAGUAACUGGAUUUUGAACACUGCUUGUGUCAAUGCUCCUCCAAAUGAUUUCCAGGUUGAUAAAUGAGGCCCAAGGUUUAUAACAUGCUGAAUUUACCUUCCAUAUGCUGCUCAUUCGAGAAUCUGUUGAGUCAUGCAUAUUUAUGAAAGGCUUCAGCAAAACUCUGGGCAACUGCAGGGAUGAAAGUGGACAUUCAACUGUUGUUGUAAAUAUUGUAUUAUUUUUUCAAAUCUUUGGCCAGCUGCAUGUUAGAAAGACUAAUCUCUAAGAUGUGAUGUAAAUGCUAAAUAAUAAAUAAUGAGGUAGAUUUUCUAGAUAAAUUCAUUCUUUUUCUUUUAACAGCAUGCGUUUGAGUACCACUGUUUAAAUUUCAAAGUUAUCUUACCACAAACUGUGCAAUGAUUCAUGUUGUUUUCAGGAGACAGCUGUCUCUAACACCUUUACUUCUUGUCCUCCUAGGCAAACUCACUCUAGAGGGAAAAUUAAAUUGCCUGGGAUUGGAGCCAAUACACUCCUGGGAGGAGAGGUGGGUGGAAGCCAGUAACUGUUUUCAGUCCCUUAUGCAAGCUUCUUAACAAACAAUGGAAAUUAAUGAGUCUGUUUGGAGCAUAUGGGCAAAAUUUUGUCCUACACCAAGGCCAUCACUCUUAGAGAAAAUAAUAUGAAAACAUGACCAUUACUAUUGGACCACACAACUGAACACAUCACUAAUGGAAUCUGUCGCUACUCUUUCGCUCACCUGUGGAAACUAAAUUGACACCAUGAUUCAUUCAUGCUAUUCAAUCACUGUAGGAUGUCCAGGCUACGGAAAAUGCAGAGUCAAAGGAAUGUUCUGACAUAUUUCACAUUUCUGAAUGGAAUGUGAAAUGUUCCAAUUUGAUGCAUAACGCUCCAUGGAAAUCCAAUAUUUCCACAGGCCAUUGAAGUACAGACAUACUGAUAGCAAGUAUCCAUUCUGGUGUACUUUUGGGGCACUUUAUGAUAUUCCACUCUUCUAUUCUCUUUCAAUCACUCUGACUUUUCUCCCUUUUAAAGGGAACUGAACAUUGGACAUUUAUUCAACUGGUAAUCAGGCAUGGUUGUACAUGUGCUUCGGAGAUUCGUUUAAAAAAAAAGAAAAGACGUCAACACAGAGUUUUCUUAGUCACCAUGCACUGAUGCAUUUAUAUUUCACAUAUAUCAAAAAGGAAAAAACAUUUUAAGAGCCCAGACACUGACCUUCAUAGACAUUUAAGACCAUGUCCAA